AUGGGCUCGGUAUGUUAGAAAGGUGAUAAUAUAGUGAAUUGGCCUUGUAAAAGCAAUCCGAGAGGUUCCAACCCAAGAACAACUUUCACAAUAAUUCCUGAGGAGGACUCUGUAAUAUACUCUUAAUAAGAUCGGUCGGUUUUUACAGCCAGCCAAUUUUAUCAGAAUCCAGAUAGUUAAAGACAAACAGUAAUGUUAGGAAAUGCAAUCGCUGUAGAUAACAAACUUUAAAUUCUAAAUGUGUACAUAUCUAAACUACUUUCUUCUCAUUCAAUUAAAUUAACAAAUACAAGAAGCAAUUCGUAUGAAGUAUCUUUAACCAACCUAAAUCCUGAAUUGGGCUGUUAUUGUGAAUGGCAUUUGGAGUCAGACAAGUUGCCAAUUCGUUCUGGGGAUAAAAUUGAUUUAAUCCAUAUUCUGACAGGAAGAUAUCUUAUGGCCACAGAGAUGGAUGAAGAGGGUAUAGUCUAUUGUGGUUAAGGUUCUAGUAGAUGCUGGACAAUUGAAUUUGAUGAUAACAUUUUAAAAGAUGGGGCAAUAUUUGAAUUGAAACAUAAUGAAAUUACUAAAUACUUAUCUUUCAUUAAUAAAAAAGCAUCGUUGUCACAUAAUCGGUAGGUUUGCUUAAACGACAAUGAAGGGAAGAAUAACUAUUGGAAAUUAGUUUUGAUUUAAUGA